GGCCGGAGUAAUAGCUGGCGCAUUGUAAAACGCAACGUUGUGGAGAAUAGAACCUCUCGUCAGGGUGUGCGCCGCAUCAGGUCAUCAGGAUCAUGGCAGUGCGGCGGACAGUUGGUCAAUGAAGAAUGUACAGAAAUGCUGCAAGUGAAUCUAUCGUGCCUUCGCUAGCUCCACAGGACCGUCGUCUCGUCUCUGGUCCCCUCUCGUUUCCUCUCCACGUUGGGCGUGAGCUGUCUAGCACUCGAUGUCGUCUCGUCGCUCUUUACUCCGUCACUCUUUUACAUACAUCCUACUCGGCCACCACCUGAUGCUCCUUCUAUUCCUAGUGGGAAUUCCGAGGAUCGUGCAAGCGGGGGCAACGAACAGGACUAUCGAUGACCAGUACGGUGACUCUGUCACGAAAGCACUUCCUAAAUACGGGAACCCCCCCAGUGCGGAUUGGAAUUAUGGACCGAAUUGUUCCUCCUGCAGCCUCACGCCGGAUCCGGACAAGAUGUUCAGAAAUAGCUGGCAUGAUAACACGAUGAGCGCCUCUGCCAGCAGUGCAAACACCAUCUCCGUGAGCUUCAAUGGUACUGCGGUGUGGGUGUACUGUGUCACGUCCCAGAAAGCAAACAGCACUGCCAUGAUUACCGGUACCAACAUCCAAUUCGAACUGGACGGAGAGAAAGUCAACUCGCCCUACGACUAUGCUUCGACAAACCAGCAAGCGACUACAAGUGAUUUCAACUAUAACGUCGUUGUGUACAGUAACAAAUUGCUAGCCAACAAAGAGCACACUCUGGUCAUGACUAUGCAGCCGAGUUCAUGGAUCGCUUUUGACUGGUUACAAUACACGUAUGUAGACAGCGUAGACGUAGUGUCUGCAACGUCGCAUACAAGUUCCACUGCAUCGACCUCAAGUUCCACGACUAAUAUGCCAAGCACAAUACCUUUCACUGGAUCGUCUAUCGGAGAGGGAUCCAGCACUCCGCCAGCGAGUGAUAGCAUGGAUCCUUCGGGCACGUCUAGCCUUACGGCUGGUUUCACGACUGUCACUACAGUAUCUGGUCUGGCGACAACGGUCGUAAGCAGCGUCCUUCUCACCUCUCCGGCACCAACGACCUCCACUUCUGUCGCAGCCGACACGCCGAGCUCUCACCAUCCAUCCAUCGCCAUCAUCCUAGGCGCAGUAGCUGGAGGGCUCGCUGCGUUGGUGCUCCUGUCCAUCAUCGUCUAUGCGUGUCGCAACCACAAGUCCAAGAAUAUGGAUGGUGAUCCGCAGUCACUCUCCAGAGGGAGCGUAUACCCUCUGUUGAAGGAAGAUAGAGGAUACCUCGCCACGGACGAGCCCAGUGCUGCGACAGCGAGCAUCUACUCCUCGGCAUCCCACCGCACCGACCUUUUGUCGCUGGAUAAUGUAGUGGAACCAGUUUCGCGCGCUUCAUUGUCCCUCCCCGGCAAUCGCUACGGCUCUGACGAUUUCCUGCUAGUCAGCCCUGGGCUAACAUCCUUCGCAAACGGCCAUUCGAACGGCUCCUCCGCACGGCCUCUUCCAGUUCCUCCCAUCACUGGUCCUGACUCCUAUGGGCCCGAAGUCUCUCGAGUGUCACUCGGAGGGUACAGUGCCGCAAUACCUGCCGCACAUGUUGGCGGGUAUGCCAGCCCUACCCGGGCCGGAACAGCGACCGACGAUUCGCACUACCUGCGAUUGGCAUUCCAGCGAAUCGUGGGAUCAUCGAAUGCGAUGUCUCCGCUGGGGGAUCCGGAGGUGCCCUACAUUCCCCGCGUCACUUCUCCUGCCAGCGAACACGAUGUUGCCGAGUUGCAGAGACAAUUAGGCGCACUGCAAAUCCAAGUGGACAAUAUCAGGGCGGAUCAUGUUUCCCUGGGCGCGAAGACGCCCCCACCUGCCUACGAAGAAGCGGACGACAAGUAGGGACCCGCCAUAGCCUACUGUAACUCGGGAUCUUGGACCGAGGUACAUGUUGGACUCGUCAUGGGCGCGCUGUGUCUUCAGAUUUCCUUCCUUCCACUCAGGUCAUGGUAUACUGGACUGACAGGGUUGACAACACUGUAUGGGCCGAGCUAGUAGCGCGACUCGUCCGGCGUGAGACUCUAGCGCACAUGGUGAUUCGAUGGAAACUCCGUUGAGUUGUACUGUUUGCUGCUUGUCAGUGUCCAAGGUCUCUGUACGGACUCUGUACCAUUAGUAGAUGUCUAGCACCGUAGUAGUUGGUCACUGAAGAUUCUCAGCAAGUUUGCACUUGGUUUGCACCACUAUCGGAGUCGGAAGCACGUACCGGCGUCUCCGACAU